AUGGCGGCCCGAUGGACACUGCAAUUGGUGGAGGUGCUGCAGGCGCGUCUGGCCACCGAGACCGACCCUGAGAAGCUAGAGGAGUGUCUGUGGAAGCUGUGCACCUUGGCGCUGACCGCAGACAUGGUGGCGCAGAGCGGAAUCAGGAAGACGGUCGAGAGCUUGAGGAAACACGAGCGCGUGGGCACCUUUGCCAGGGACUUGGCCCACUGGAAGAAGCUGGCUGUUGAGGAGCGAAGCCCUGGGCCUGGCCACGCGCGAGAGUCGGUGGGCUCCCUCCGUGAAGUGGAAGAGGCAGAUGUGGGUGCUGAAUUCGAGCAGCCUACUCUGACCUUUGAGGAGUACCUCAACUAUGACCAGAUUCCGAAGAAAAGGAAGAAGACCGUGAAAACUCCAGCGGCUGCACGUGGACAAAAGGAACUUGCAAACAGGGACUCCACAUGCACUGCUAAAAACCCGAUCGGUUCAGAAAUCCCGAAGCCAGAGCCAGGGGCGCAGUCCUGCGCAGGGGAAGAUGCAGAUGCAUUCAUGGGACUCAGAGUGAAUUCUAAGAUGCAGGUGUAUUCUGGCGCCAGGAGCGACGUUCUCCCCGGGAUGGUGGCCGUGCAGGAGCCUGGCGUCCAAGUCCUUAGGAAAACGGCAGAAUCCCUCCGUGAAGUGGAGGGGUCCGUAUUCUGUCCUGGGCGGGGUCUUGGAGGUUGUACGCCGCUCAGCGUGUCGCAUAGAGCGGUACAACUCCGCCUGGUUGGAGAAACGGACGACUUAUGGAAAAUUCACUGUCACGAGCUUCAAGGAAGAGAAGGCCGCAGGAGCGGAGUCCUGGCGGAGAUGUACCUGCGUCUUCAGGAUGGAGAGCAGCGUCUGCGACAAGUGACUAUGAAUAUCCGGUCUGCCCGGACGGUAAGUCCACAGGCACAAGCAAAGAUGAUCGUUUUAACUCUGUGCCAGAGGCGUCAGGUUUUCUUGGGGCCAGGAGAGAACCGGCCGGCCUCGGGCUGCGUGGGCGUCAGCAGGGCUGGCCUGGCGCCCAGGGCGGCCACCGGGAAACCGGGUUCCAAGAAAAUGGCCCCGCUGAUGGCGAAGAGCAUUGGGGAUUUCAAGAGGAGAUUCUCCCGAUGA